AGCGCAAAAUACUUUUCUAAAACCCUAUAAACUGCUCUGCCAUUCCCCCACACGCAACCUUUUCCUUCCUCUGCCUUCUCCUUCCUCCAACAUGCAGACUGCCGUUCCCCCACACGCAAAACACAGCUCAACGGCUCCACCUUCAGUCCAAAACGCAGGCCACCAUCAGCCCUUCUCUCCCACAACUCAACGGUUCCACCUUCUCCGGCACCACCCUUCUCUAGCUCUACAUUUGUCAGUGCUACCCAUCUCUCACCCUCAGUUCUUCUCUCCCACAACACUGUCGACACUUGGGUUUCUACCACCAGAGCUUCCACGUCUUCUUCUUCUUCCUCUGGAUUGGAUUUCUGGAAGUGGAAGGAUAUUGUGGAUGAAUCAACCUAGGGAACACACAUCCUCUACUUUAAUGGCUGAUGGAGACUCACCUCAGCAGAAAGUUACUCAAAAUGGUUAUAAGUUGCUAUAAGUUGAUUUUUUUUGGGUUAUCUUUGAAUUACAGCAGGUUCUGUUAGUGAGAAUUUGUAUUGCAACUCCCAACUAAAACUGUGAGUUAUAAUUUUGUUAAUAGAGAACUAUAAGCGUUUAGAAUUUUGGUUAAGAGUAAUGAUUUUUACUGAUAAGUUCUUUGGAAUUUUGGUUUUCUUUUUAAAAUUUUCUUAUUGAAUAGAUGUAAGCCUCAAAAGUUUGAUUCCCUUGCUCUUUCUUAUUUCACUUUUAUGCUAUUGGUUAAAUGAUUUGUUAAGCUUUCUUUAAUUUAUAACCUCUCUCUUUUAGUUUAUUUGAUUGCAACUCAGAAAAUGAAGAGAUAUGAAGAGUAUGUUGGGAGAGGAGCGUUGAAGAAGAAGAAUGAAGAAAAAUUGAGAGAGGGAAGGGAAAAUGCAAGAAGCAUAACAGAAAGUCAAAAACAUAAAAUUUAGUGCUAUAUACAAAGACAAAAGAACACCUCAAUCAGAAUGAGAAAGGGUUUGUUCCUUAUUUCACUUAUUUUUUUA